CGCUGACGUUUUGUGAAUGGGGGCUUCAAGUCCCCCUUCUCAUUUAACUCGGCCCGUGUUGACAGUCUGGGCGCUAUUCCCAAUUGGAGGACAAUUAUGUUCCGUAGAAUACACAAUGGAAAGGGUCUUUUCUGGAACCAUAGAAACUCGGAUACAACGGGUAAUCGCUAUGGAGUUUGGCUCAGCAUUCAAGAUUCGGGGAAUAUAUAAGAAUCUAGGGAGGACGGAAGAAGAAGAACAGUAGCACACAAGAUCAUCACAUUCCUUUUGCCGGUCAAAGGUUACACUUUCACAAGUACAUUCGUUUAUUUCGUCACUCAUUAGAUAUUUCUCUCUUCAACAAUCAAAAUGACCAAGCUCGGCUUCGCUCUCCUCGCUGCCCUGGCCGGCAGCGCCGUCGCUGUUCCUGCCCCAGCAGUGACCCAAGCCCCCGACGUCCACGCCUACUCCAAGCGCGCCACAUCCUGCACCUUCUCCGGCUCCGACGGCGCCUCCAAGGCCAGCAAGUCCCAAGCCGCCUGCGCCACCAUUGUCCUUAACAACGUUGCUGUCCCCAGCGGUGAGACUCUCGAUCUCAGCAAGCUCAAGGACAACACCAAGGUCAUCUUCAAGGGAACCACUACCUGGGGCUACAAGGAGUGGAAGGGACCUCUUAUGAAGAUCUCUGGAAACAAGAUCACUGUUGAGGGCUCUGGUGCUGUUCUCAAUGCUGGUGGUGAGCGAUGGUGGGAUGGAAAGGGAGGAAACAGUGGCAUCGAUAAGCCAAAGUUCUUCUCGGCUCAUAAGCUCACUGACUCCAAGAUCAACAAUCUUUAUGUCAAGAACACUCCUGUUCAGGCUGUUAGCAUCAAUGGUGUUAAUGGUCUUACUAUCAACCAGUUCACCCUUGAUAACAAGGAUGGUGACACCAAGGGCGGUCACAACACUGAUGCCUUUGACAUUGGUUCCUCCACUGGCGUUACUAUCACUGGCGCCAAGGUUUACAACCAGGACGACUGUGUCGCUGUCAACUCCGGAAAGAACAUCAUCUUCCAGAACGGUUACUGCCACGGCGGUCACGGCCUCUCCAUCGGCAGUGUCGGCGGCCGCGAUGACAACAUCGUCGACAACGUGCAGUUCCUCAACUCAGAGGUCACCAACUCCGCCAACGGCAUCCGCGUCAAGACCAUGAAGAACACAACCGGCAAGGUCAACAAGGUCACCUACUCCGACAUCACCCUCUCCAAGAUCACCAAGUACGGCAUCCUCAUUGAGCAGAACUACGACGGCGGUGAUCUCCACGGCGAGCCCACCAGCGGUCUUCCCAUCACUGGCCUCACCCUUAAGAACAUCAAGGGUAAGAACGGUGUUGCGUCCAGCGGCAAGAAUGCUGCUAUUGUCUGCGGAAGCUCUGGUUGCAAGGACUGGACUUGGCAGAAUGUUCAGGUCACUGGUGGUAAGAAGUAUGAUAGCUGCAAGAACGUUCCCAGCGUCGCUUCUUGCUAAAUCAUGACUUCUUGACCCUUAGGUCGACUGGCUUUCGUCAGCUCAUUCCGUGUAUGAGUUUGGUCUCGAAAGCUUGG